AACAACCCCAUUGAAGAGCCGAUACAUAUCCUUAACAUUGCGCUCAAGCAACAAACCGGUGCCGUAGCUCGUUCAUCAGAGGAUACGCUCAUGCGUUCAACUUAUAGUCAUCAGACCCUUCCAGCAGGUGUGAGCUGUCAGCUGAAUACGAAGGACACCGCUCGAGCUGAAGUGGACUGUCUUGAGUCCUUCUGCACACGACACGCAGAGCAAUUGCGCGCGGCUGGUAUUCGCCGAGUCACUUUCUUGAUAAUUAAACCUGUAAUUCUUUUGUAA